AUGGCUUCUGAGCAUCAAAUGAGAUCGGGAAGGGAAAAUACCACCUCGGAGAGGCUGGAGAUUGAGAAAGAUAAGGUGCCGAAGAUGACGACCCACUUUGAGGCUCUCAGAGGGGCAGAAGGCAAAGACACUCCUCUGGACAGCAGCAAGCAGUCGCAGCAGCAUGAGGAUAAAGCGCGGAGUGGUAGCACGGCGGGUGAUGUGGGCAUGGGAAAAGCAAAAGAGGCUCAUGAGCUCGAGUCUAUCAAGGAUCAAGUGGAGAAGGACAAGGAUAAGGAGAGAGAAGCGCCGGCUGAUCAAGCGAGGACGGCGAACAUGGUGGCGGAUAAAGAGGCCGAGGCUAAGAGAGAGAACGAAGGCCACACUCAAGGUCAAGGAGGAGGCCAAGGUGGGAAGUUUGAAGAGCGCCACCAAGGGCAAGGUCAAAGGGAAGGUCAAGGUCAAGGCCAAGGUGGAGCGCGUCAAUCUCAUGGGAAAACUGAAGAGCGUCAAGUCCAAGGCCGAGGUCAAGGACAAGGUGGAGCUAGUCAAGCUCUUAUUAAGGUUGAAGAGCACAAAAGAGAAGCUGGAGAUCAAGGACAAGCCGGAGCUCAAGGCCAAGGCGGUGGUCAGGUUGGAGAGCACCAACGACAAGCCGGGGCUCAAGGCCAAGGCGGAGGUCAAGGACAAGGAGUUGGUGGUCAAUAUCAUGCGAAGGUUGAAGAGCACCAAGGACAAGGCGGAGGUCGCGGAGCUCAAUCUGUUGGUAAGUUUGAAGUGAGUGGUAAGGAAGAGAAGGGUUCGGCCAAUAAAGGCCAAGAAAGUACUGAAGUUGAUAAACAAUCUAGAUGCACACAGAUAGGCCAGGGUAUAGAGAAAAUGACCCCCGAGGAAGAGAAGAGUUCUAAAGGCGGCAGAGAAAGUGAGAUGAAAAGCAGGGAAGAAAAGGAAGGAAGAAAGAAAGGCUCUAAAGGCAGAGAAGAAAAGGAGGGUCGUCAGCAGCAAAACAAAGAACAGCAACCAUCUUUGGAAGAAAUAUCGAAGUUUAGAGCAGCAGCACAGCAGAAUUCCAUGGAGGCAAUAAGAGCCGCAGAGGAGCGUUAUACCCAGGCUAAAGAAUCGGCGAGGAAAGGGAUUGGCAGCGCAACCGAGUUUGUCUCAGAGAAAGGUGAGCAAACCAAGGAGACACUCGUCCAAGGAGCACAAACUGCAAAAGAAACUCUUAGCAGCGCAGGGAAGACGGUCGUGGAGAAAACAGCCCCAGUAGGGGAGAAGGGGAAAGAUGUGGCGGUGUCCGCGGGACAGACCACUCUGCAUUACGUGGGAGAAGGGGCGGCGAAGGCCAAGGACAUGACGUUGGAGGGCGGGAAGACUGCGGGGGCAUAUGCCGGUGACGUGGCGGUGGGUUUGAAGGACAAGGCGACUGUGGCUGGCUGGAGUGCCGCGCAUUACACGACAGAGGCGGCGGUGGAGGGGACCAAGUUGGCGGCUAGAACUGUGAAGGGGGCGGCGGAGUAUGCGGGGCAUACAGCUGUGGAUAUUGUUUCCAAGCCCUUGAUUAUGGCUAAAGAUGCUGCGGCGGUGGCGGGUGAGAAGGCAGAGGAGUACACUGCUAGGAAGAGAGAGGAGGCACAGAGAGAACUGGAGGCCAAGAGGUCAGCUGAGCAAAAUAAGUCACAGGGGGGUCAGAUUCAACAAGGGAGGGAGACUGGUCAGGAAUGGCAGAGUCAAGUUCAGGGCACCAUGAGAGGUGAGGACAUCAGUCGGGAUCAGAAAAGAGAGGAGGGUCAAAAGGGAACGCAGAGCGAAGGCGGUGGCAAAACGAGUAGUGAGGAAUUCAUGAGUGGCAUGGAUACCUCCCAAUUGGCCGGCGCCGGCGUGGGGGGGGUGCUGGGAGCAAUCGGGGAGACUUUGGUUGAGAUAGCUCAGACGACAAAAGACACGGUGAUCGGGCAAGAGGAGGAGCAGAGUGGUAACCAGGGGGAGUGGAAUUCAUCAACUGAUCAACAGGGCAAGCAAGGGGUGGGCAUGAUGAAGUGAAGCAUAAAUCAAAGAGUUAUAUAGGAGUUUCUCAGUCUUAGUUUUGACUGAGAUUUGUGGUACUUGUAAUUUGUGUUUAU